UUACCCUAGAUUUCUACAGUAUUGCAAGAUAAUAGGAGUUUGCCUUUGUGUACAGUGCACACUGUACAAUCCUCAGUAAAGCGUUGAAAUCCGAAUCGUAAUUCCCGUAUAUGUGACUAUUUUAUUCAAAAGAAAUUAAUAAGGGGUAUUACAUAAAAGAGUCAAAAUGGGUAAACGUCAACAUCAAAAGGAUAAAAUGUAUUUAACAUAUACAGAAUGGUCCACAUUAUAUGGUGGGAAAAAGGCAGGAACAUCUGAAGAAAAUGAAGAUACAACAUUUCGUCGUUUACCAUAUGAUCAUUGCUGUUUAUCCUUACAACCGUUUCAACAUCCUUACUGCGAUCCUGAAGGGAAUAUCUUUGAAUUAGAAGCAAUACUGGAUUAUAUAAAAAGAUUCAAACAUAAUCCUGUCACAGGAAAACCUUUAGAUCCAAAGACCUUAAUAAAGUUAAACUUUUGUAAAAAUGCAGAAGGACAAUAUCAUUGUCCAGUUCUUUUCAAAUUAUUUACUAAACAUUCUCAUAUUAUUUGGGGCAAAAAGUUUGAAGACGAAUUUAAACCAAACUUGAUUCAUCAAGGAAGAGGAAUUUUAUCAAUGGCAAAUUCUGGUCCCAACACAAAUGGAUCUCAAUUUUUCAUCACUUUUCGAUCGUGUAGACAUUUAGAUCGAAAACAUACUGUGUUUGGCAAAAUAGUGGGUGGACUGGAAACCUUAAAUGCUAUCGAAAAAGUAGAAGUUGAUAACAAAGAUAGACCAAUAGAGGAUAUAAUUAUUCAGAAGGCUCAAUUUUUUGUUGAUCCUUUUCAAGAAGCAGACGAACAGUUGACCGCUGAACAUGCGGCUGAAGUAGUGCGGUUAGCUCAAGAAGCAGCAAAAAAUAAAUCUUUCAGUAAAAAGGAGAAAAAUGAGUUGAAAAUAUACCGAUCGGGUGUAGGAAAAUAUAUCAAGAUGAACAAAGAUGAAGAAAAAAUGGAAAAGACAGAGUCCAAUAUUGAACCUGUGACAAAGAAGAAGAAGCUUGUGACAAAUUCAUUUAAUGAUUUUUCUUCGUGGUAAAAUAAUUUAAAUUAUUGUACAAUAAUUUUAUCAUUGUAUAUUUCAACUGAUGCCAU